GGCCCCGCCCCCCGCCCGGUCGAGCUCGGCCCCGCCAGCCAUGGUGAACCUGGGCCUGUCGCGGGUGGACGACGCCGUGGCCGACAAGCACCCGGGACUAGGGGAGUAUGCCGCGUGCCAGUCCAACGCCUUCCUGAAGGGCAUUUUCACCUUUGUCACAGGCACCGGUGCGACCUUCGGCCUGCAGAUGCUCGUUCAGAAGAAGUUUCCAUACCCCCUUCAGUGGAACCUGCUGGUGGCCGUGGUCGCAGGCUCAGUGGCCAGCUACUGGGUGACCCGCGUGGAGUCGCAGAAAUGCAGCAACCUCUGGCUCUUUCUGGAGACCGGGAAGCUCCCCAAAGAUGUGGGCACAGAUCAGCAUGACCAGGAGAGCUCCAGCCGGGGGCACAGAAGACAUGGGGCUGGAGAGUUCUAGAACAUAGCCCUCAGCACCUGUGCACCCCAGGCUGGCCCUCCGCACACCUGAAGGUACCCCAGCCCUGUCCCCUGCACACAUGCUCCUGCCCAGCCUGGCUGCCCAGGAGGUCAGACCAAGAGGUGCUGCGCCUGGGCGGCUGGCCUGCUGGGCAACAAAAACCCGUGGACACAGAGCUGGCGCAGGUGGAUCAGGCUGUCUCACGCUCUUUGGCAGCAGCAGCUCUGGGGCUCACAGUGGGGCUCCUGUGCUCCCUGCGCCUGACGCUCCCUUUCCGGCCCCUGCGCCCCCCUACCAAUCCCAGGCGACAGUGGCUGCUGGCGUUGUGGACUAAUAAACACCUUGCCCUUUUUCCCA